GAAAAGCGGCGGGCGGAGCGGGGACUGUCGCGGUCUGGGGAAGGGUCGCCCCCUCAGCGGCCCCGACGCGGCCGCCGGCAGUUCCGUCGCCGAGCCAGGCUCGCGUGCUGCGGGAAACGGCGUGGGCCUGGUGGGAGAGGCUGCCAGCCCCUCGGGUCUCUUUCCCCUUUCAUUUUGGCGGCUCACCCCGGAGGUGCGGAGCCGAGGGACAGGCCCCCUUCUGCGCCCCCGCCGACGUGCGGCCGCGGGGGCGCCGGUGACCCCCGGGCCCACUCGGUAAAGCAGCUUCAGGGUGCUCCUAGCUGGACGGCUCUCCCCAGAGUGGAAAGUUGUUUGCUGUUUUGAGGCUGGUAAUUCUGGGAAAGAAUCUGGGCUCCAGAUGCUGGGCUUGCGUCUGCCAGCCUUCCGGUUGCCUGGCGCCUGGGGACCGCUUCCUGGCCACGUCGGUUUUCCCACUAAACGUCCCCCAUCCUGGUUUUUGUGUCUCAUAUAGGCCCUUGACUGAAGGAGAGAGGCUGUAGGGUUAGCUGAAGUGGAUGUCACAUUGUAGCCUCUUGAUGCAUUCCGAGUCCAGCCAGGGUGACGAGCCCUCUUCCCUCUCGUGGGGCUUGGAUCCUGUGUUUGUAGCCUUUGCAAAACUCUACAUCAGGGAUAUCCUGGCCAUGAAGGAAUCCUGCCAAGUUCCAGGUGUCUUUUUCUACAAUGGGCAUCCAAUAAAACAGGUGGAUAUCCUGGGAACUGUUGUUGGAGUGAAAGAAAAAGAUGCUUUCUGCAGUUACGGAGUGGAUGACAGCACAGGAGUUAUAAACUGCAUCUGCUGGAAGAAGUCAAGCAAUACCGAGCCUUCUCCAGCUGUGCCACACUCAGCGAGAGAAUGGAAUGCACUUCCCAAGCUGGAGAAGCUGCAAGAGGCCAUCGAACAGAGAACCAGGAUAGACAUCGGAGACGUUAUCCAAGUCAGAGGCUACAUCCGCACAUACAGAGAGGAGCGAGAAGUUCAUGCCACCAUGUAUUAUAAAGUGGACGACCCGGUGUGGAGCGCUCAAAUGGCCCGAAUGCUCGAGCUGCCUGAUCUCUACAGGAAAGUGUACGACCAGCGCCCCCGCAGCGCGGCCCUGGAGCUGGAGGAGGCAAGCAGCAACCCAGGUGCCCAGGACAUAACCAGUCUCACACGUUUGCUGAGUGAAAAAGUCAAAGAAUUCCUCCUGAAGGAGAAAGUGCAGACCUUCUACCAGCAGGAGUUGGAAGCGGUGGCCUCCCUGCUGUCCCUUGCCAGUCAGCCUGUGAGUUGUGGCACCUGCUCGGACCAAGUGGAAUUUAAGACCCACCCCAGUUCCAAGGCCAUUCACAGUAUAUUUAAGAACGCCAUAGAGCUGCUGCGGGCGGAAGGACUCGUUUUCCGGAAGAGUGGUGGCUUUGCGGACCUGUACCACGUAACCAGAGAGGACAAAGGCCUGCACAGGAAGGUCCUCCGGAUCAUUCAGGAAGACUGCCAGAAGCCAAAUCACAGGGAGAGGGGCUGCCACUUCCAGCACAUCUUGGCCUGUGUGCGCCUGAGCAUCCAGCCGGGCCUCAGUGAAGCUGUGCUGCAGCAGGUGCUAGAGCUCCUGGAGGACCAGAGUGACAUCUUCAGCACGACAGACCGCUACUACGUGGCCUUCUGAGAGUGGCCUGCAGGCAGCCAAGGCCAGAAGUGGAGGCACGGUUGGCCCAGGCUCUGCUCCACACCAAGUGGAGCUCACCCGUCUGCCGGCAGCUGCUCAUAACGAGCCAUCAGCGACAGCCACCGGCAAGUGAGGUUGGGCCUUCUGCGUGCUGCGCCCUUGUGACUCUGAUCUCAGUGACGGCAUAGAAAACCCUUCUUACUGACCUGGAUGGACUGGGCAUCUGGCAGGGGCCAGGAUGGGGAGAAACAGUGUUGGUGGCUUCACCGCAUGUGGUCACAAAUGUGCUAAAGGGAUAUCACAGGGUAAAGGCCUCACUGAUGGCACGAUUCUGGCACAAGAUCUUAAGACCCCAGGCCUUCGACUGAGUCCCCGUGGCCCCUCUGAGGGGAGGAGCGGGUGGAGGGCUGAGCGUCACCUGGCCCUGCCUUUGAGGUUUGGCACCAGCCGUGGGGCCCAGGGCCUGGAGCCUGGCCUGCGUUGGCGGAGAAGCGAGGGGCAUGGCUGGGGCAUGGCUCCGCUUGUCGUUUUCCUCUGGAGUCUGGAGGCACUGUGCACGCGGGGCGCUGUGUGACUGCGCCGUGGUCCCGCGGUGCCCUGCAGCCAGUGGGCGCCUCCAGCCUUGUUGGCAGGCGGGGGUGUUAUUCUCAGGGUUGUUGCUGAGUGGGCAGAAUGUGCCCAGACAGGUGCAGGCGUCAGGCUUUUCUCCAAAUAACAAGGUAGAAGGAAACUAUGAGGCACGCGGUGAGCUUGUUCUAACAGAAAAUGACAAGCUUAGCCAGCAAAAACAAAAGUAAAAUAAAGUAUGCAGAAAGCUUCGCAGUUAAUUCUAGUCAUUGUGCCCAGGCACUGCUGCCCGCGUCUGCGCGCCUCCCUCUAGGAGCAGCAGGUCUGGCGGCUCAGCCGGAAUCCUGCAGGCCCAGGCGCAGCCCCGCUCUCCAUGGACUGCGUGCAGAGUUACUCAGAGGUCUGCCUUAGUGGAUGUGCAGGCAGCACCGGCGCCGGCGGGUCACCCCGUCCUGCAUCUUCCCGAUUUGACCCAAAUUCUGCCAGCUUCUGAGGUUAACACCUGCCUUAUGGUCAGAAGUCUUUUGGGGGAAGGUUGGGGUUGAACCAGAAGCAUUCCAGCCCUCCCCUCUUUCUGAGACAGGCCCCAGCUGAGGUUCGCAGUUUGGCCUCGAGCUUAUGCUCUCAGCCUCCUGAGUAGAUGGGAUUACAGGAGUGUGCCACCUCCCUGGCUUAGAGCUUUUUGAACAGAGGUUCCCUGGAGGACAUCCUGGCAGGUUUCCUCAAGACCAAGUGGUUUGUGAGGCUGAGUCCAUCUUCUGUUAAGAGGACUUCUAGGAGGGAGUCUAGAUCAGGAGGUAGAGGGCAAGACCUUGUGCGGAGCAAGCCCGUGCUGGGGCGUGCAUCCGUGGGGCGACCACACACGUGUGAAAGCGUGGGCGCCAAGACGCCCAGGCAUGUAACCUGGACUUCUGUAAUCAGGGAAUUAGGAGAAAAGAUGGUCCAGGGACAUAAUGAAAUAUUCAGCCGCUAAAAUGAUGG